CUUUACGAAAGCCAAACUUUUACCGCCAGUUUUCACAAGCUGAAUGUCUACGUUCGACCCUCCUGCAGGACACACAAGACCCGUCGUCUUCUUCGACAUACACAUAGGGGAGACUCCGGCGGGACGUAUCAAGAUGGAGCUUUUUGACGAUAUAACGCCCAAAACGGCUGAGAACUUUAGACAGUUGUGCACGGGGGAGCAUCGUCUCAACUCUAUCCCGCAAGGCUACAAGAAAUCUAUAUUUCAUCGAGUGUUGGUCUUCCCCUCGUACCUCAGCAGAUGUGUGUGGCUCGUACUCACUGUGACUUUAGGAUUCCUCAAUUUAUGAUCCAAGGAGGUGACUUUGUUCGAGGCGACGGUACCGGAUCUUUCUCCAUCUACGGGGCUCAGUUCGAAGACGAGAAUUUCAAGAUCAAGCACACCGGACCUGGGCUCCUGAGUAUGGCGAAUAGUGGGCCAGGAACAAACGGAUGUCAAUUCUUCGUGACUACGGCGCCUGCAGAGUUUUUGGAUGGCAAACAUGUGGUUUUUGGCAGGGUGAUCGAUGGGUUAUUGACCGUAAGAAAGAUUGAGAAUGUUUCUACAGGCCAGAACAACCGACCGAGGCUGCCAGUCCGGAUAACGGAAUGCGGCGAGAUGUAAAGGAAGGCGACUGACUGUAUCCGAUUGUACAAUACGAUACAGCAUGUAUGGAUCGAAAACUACGUACCGU